AUGAAGCUAGAAUAUCUCUUAUGUAGAAGUGCAAAACACUUGCUGACACCAUGGAAAAAGUUUUAUUUUGAUCUUCUUUGUCUAAAGCAAAAUAAAUAUAUACGAAAAUACUUAGAUAUAUGUGAAAGUAUGAUGAAUGACAACUAUACUCAAAAAGUUAACAAAAUGUGCUUUCAAAACAAAAAAAUUCUACCCAGUAAUAUUGGAGACAUCAGACCUGAAUUCACAUGUAUUGCUUAUUAG